AUGGAUGCAUUCAGAGCAUUUGAAAAUGGGUCGCUCUUGCCCAGUUACUUUGCUCCUGCCAGAUGGGAUCCCUUCCGUCGUCCCUUGGACUCCAUCCAGCCCUGGCAAUUCAGGCUUCUGGCAGCAGUAAUGUUGUUGGUGACCUCCCUGUCACUUGCUGAGAACCUGGCUGUAAUCCUGGUAACUUUUAAGUUCAAGCAAUUGAGACAACCUGUCAAUUAUAUUAUAGUCAAUUUGUCUGUGGCUGAUUUCCUGGUCUCACUGACUGGUGGUACUAUCAGCUUUUUAACAAAUCUAAAAGGUUAUUUUUUUAUGGGAUACUGGACUUGCGUAUUGGAAGGAUUUGCUGUCACAUUUUUUGGCAUUGUGGCUCUCUGGUCUCUUGCUCUGCUGGCUUUUGAGCGGUACGUUGUGAUCUGCCGCCCCCUGAGAAAUGCGCGCUUGAGGGGGAAGCAUGCAGCUCUAGGAAUUGUCUUUGUGUGGAGUUUUUCCUUCAUUUGGACCAUUCCACCAACAGCUGGUUGGAGCAGUUACACCCCCAGUAAGAUUGGAACUACUUGUGAGCCUAACUGGUACUCAGGAGCUUAUGCUGACCGUACAUACAUUAUUACGUUCUUCACCACCUGUUUUAUAAUACCCUUAUUGGUGAUUUUGGGAUCCUAUGGAAAAUUGGUGCAGAAGUUAAAAAAGGUGUCAGAUGCACAAGGCAGGCUGGGAACUACCAGGAGACCUGAAAGACAAGUGACUAGAAUGGUUGUUUUUAUGAUCAUCGCCUUUCUAAUCUGCUGGAUGCCAUACGCUACCUUUUCUAUCCUAGUCACUGCAUAUCCCUCCAUUGAGCUGGAUCCUCGUCUGGCAGCAAUUCCGGCCUUCUUUUCCAAAACAGCCACUGUUUAUAAUCCAAUUAUUUAUGUCUUUAUGAACAAACAGUUCAGACAGUGUCUGAUUCAAUUGUUCAGUUGCAGUGCCAUAGGAACUGCAGAGUCCAACGUGAACCUGACUUCAGAGAGAGCAGUGCUAAGCCAGGACAGAAGAGGCAGCGAGAUGGCCCCCAUGGCAGCUCAUAGCACCAUUUCUAAGAGGAAAACCGGAGACAAACACAGAAGCCAACAACCUUUGUCUCUGUUGACAGCUUCAGAAAACAAAACGUGUCCCACGUAG